AUGGUUCGGCGGUCGUUGCGGGAGUCGUUGAGUAUAUUCGGGGAGACGCACACCCCACCGCCGCCGACAUUGGGCGAGCUGGCUUUGUGGCGACAAAAGACGGAGCGGAUGCAUGGUGCCCUGUUGGGUAACUACCCGUCGCUGGUACCGCGGCCGGACGUGUUGGCGAAUGGUUCUUUCGCAGACGCGGCCCUCAAAACGCUGUACGAUGCUCAC